GGUGUUUUUAAGGUGGCAGUUCAAUUAUUAAUUCUUUAAAUAUGGGAUAUGGUAGUGGGGAGCUUAUUAUACGAAGCUACAAUGCCCAAAACGACAGAGUUCGAGUUGAAGGUCUGGAGAGUAUAUGUGAAGUAGGUCCAGCUGAUAAACCAUUUCUCUUCACAGACACUUUGGGUGACCCAAUUUGCAGAAUAAAAAACAGUCCCAUUUACAACAUGCUGGUAGCCGAGUUGGGCGGUCAAUUGGUUGGUGUUAUCCAAGGCACAAUAAAGCUAGUAACACUACACAAGCCUCCCAAGAAUGUAGCCAAGGUGGGCUAUAUCUUAGGUUUAAGGGUUGCACCCGCUUACCGACGGCAUGGAAUCGGCUCGAGACUAGUGACCAAACUCGAGGAAUGGUUCGUUGCAUGUGACGUCGAUUAUACUUACAUGGCCACCGAGAAAGAUAACGAAGCCUCCUACAAGCUCUUCGUAAACAAACUAGGUUACGUUAAGUUUCGAACCCCGGCCAUUCUCGUAAACCCUGUUAACCAUCAUCGAUCAUCUCAGAUAUCAUCGAACUUCAAACUAACAAAGCUCAAAAUCGAAGAAGCCGAAUCUCUCUACCGUAAAUACUUGUCUUCAACAGAGUUCUUCCCAAUUGAUAUAGGCAAUAUACUAAGAAACAAGCUAAGCUUAGGGACUUGGGUGUCUUAUCCUAAAGGUGAAACAUGGGGCAAAGUCCCUACUAGUUGGGCAAUGCUAAGUGUAUGGAAUAGUGGUGAGCUUUUCAAAUUAAGGUUAGGGAAUGUACCCAUAUCUUGUUUCAUGUACACCAAGAGCUCACAGUUGAUCCAAAAGUUUCUUCCCUGCUUUAAAUUGCCAAGCAUACCAGAUUUUUUCAAUCCAUUCGGGUUCUACUUCAUAUAUGGAGUUUACGGUGAAGGUCCAUUAUAUGGCAAGCUGGUGAAAAGCCUGUGUAAUUUCGUCCAUAACAUGGCUUCAUCAAGACCCAAAGAUUGUAAGGUGAUUGUUACAGAAAUUGGAGGUAAUGACACAAGAUCAAAACUUCACAUCCCACAUCGGAAAUCAAUGUCUUGCUCAGAGGAUUUGUGGUGUAUAAAGAGCUUGAAAAACGAAGAUAGAAAGAGUGUUCAUAAAUUGACGACAGUGCCACCAACAAGAGCCCUUUUUGUAGACCCUAGAGAGGUUUGAAAAUGAAACCAAGAUAUAAAAAGAUGUUGUGUAAAUAGGUGCCGCCCUCCAAUCAAGGCAAAACACUUGCUGGUCAAACAUUUCGGCGCAGUUUCUUUAUUUGUCAUGUUGUAAUAACAAUUUUUUUUCAAGUGUAACCCUAGUUUAUACAAAAAGGAACAAAGUUGGUUAGGCUUUAGGUGACUUAUCAUGUCGAUGUGACUAUGUAAUUUACAUAAAGCACUAGCCAUUUGGCAUCUCUUCUC